ACAAGGCUAGCUGGUGCUAUAUUUAUCUUGCAGCUGUAUGCAGGCUUGCAGGAGAUUGUUCAAUAAGAGAAAGGCAAAGAGUCAAUGCAGUGUAAAGAAACUUUGUUCUACCAUAGGCUAACUUUUUGGAUUGGCUUAAAGACAGGGCUACGUAGUUUCAGAGGAGUGAGGAAUAUUGUUACUUAUAGGAGAUAAAAACUUUACUGAGAUGUCUCUGGAAAGAUCAGGGCUUUGUUAGAAGGGGGAAAAACAUUCUUAAAAUGGAAUUCAAUAGAUGUUUGGGUGCAUCAGCAGCAGCAGAAGAAGGAAGAACAGAGGGUGGGGACGAUGAUAUUAACAAUGCUGGCAGUAGUGUUGCCCAUGAAGAGCUGGAUUUGGUACAAAUGUACCUUACCUUUCUGCCUGAAAGAUAUAUGAAAGCAAAAUUCACCGGGACAGCAUACUCGAUGUGCUGGUUGUUGCUGAAACUCUACAAGAAAGCCUGUGAGAAAAGACUCUCUGCUUCUGAAAAGGAGUGUCAUGGAAGUGCUGUAAUAAGGACUGCUGGAGAAGCAGAAGAGAGUACUUCUGAGACGAGGCAGCUCCACAUCCAGACCCCAGAGCCAGUUGACAACUACAUCAGUGAAGGCGAGUUUGAAGAUGAUCUGAGUUCUUCUACUCCAAGCACAAUAGAGUUGGAGAUACGAGGAUCCAGCCAAGACACAGAUGAAGAUUAUUUUGAGACCCUGUCACAUCAGAGUGGAUCUUUGUCAGAUGUAAAAACUGAACCUUACGAGAGUGCAUCAGAGACAGAAUCUGUUGCCAGUGAUGUAACUGGAGAAACUUGUUUGGAUUCAAACUGCCUUUUUACAGAAAAACCAAAUCUGUGCUGUAGUCUUCCUAAAGCAAAGGCAGAAACAACCUUCCAUGAACUUAAGUGCUCAAGGCGAACAGAAUUUAGCUGGCAGGUGCAGUUAGAAGCGUCUUCCAAAAUAAAAAUAGCACCAAGCAAACAUGAAUUACAAACUACAAAGUCAGAAGGUGAAGUGGGUGUUGAAGAUCUAACAUUAACUAGCAGUAUUUCCAACACAGAGAACCAAGUGAGUGAAGAGGGCAUUUUAUCACAGACAGACAGAAAGUUUGUAGUGGAAUUGCUGAAUAAAACAGAUUUUGAAAGCACUGAAGUGCAGUCCUAUCCCAAUUCCUUACCUACAGAAGCUGCUGUUACAAGACAGGAGGAACAACCUGCAGUAUUAAGCAUUGCUUGUUUCAAAGCUAACUCAGGAAGUUGUUUGAUUUUUCCUGAGGUACAGCAACUUUCCUUCCAGACAGAUGCAGCAUCAAGCUGUAGUUUGCCUAAUCUUCAUUUUGAAACAAAUGGACCUUACCAUGAAAGUUACACUGAGAUAUCUGACUAUAGAUGUGGACUAGAUUCCAUGUCCAGUAUAAAAUGCAACAGGAAUAACUCAGUUGACAGUGAGAAAACUACAGGUAACAGGAUAAAACAUGGAAGUACAGAAACCAUGUUGACAUCACAUUCAUUCUUCUACCAGCGCCACUUCAAAUCAAAAUCUCCACCUUGUGGGUCACUACACACAAGGUCAGAGGUUACAGGAUGUAAAACAUGGCACAGUGUGCCUGAAAAUAUCAGUGCUCAAAGAAAAGCAGAAUACUUUGGGAACUGUAUUCAUCCAGCAGACAAAUUGAGUUGGUCGUGUUCCAGAAUACAUCAUCAAGGGCUUGAUUUUGAAUGUGCUUGGAAAAACUUAGCAAGGGUACCUGUUGGCCCUGAAAAGGCAAUAAAAAUAGAGGACAAAUUUGACAUAAAACAAUUCCUCCUUAAUAAUGACAUAGACUUGAAUGAGGGUCAGCUUUCUCAACCAGCAGGCUCCCCACAGUGUGUUGAUGUAUAUUUGAACUCUAAACCAGAGGCAUGUGGCCUUAGCCCAGAAGCAGGAAAUACAUGUGCUGGUAGCUUAUCUUCAACCCAGACAGAUGCAUGUGAGUGUAAUCCAAAACAAAAGGAGACAUCAUCUGCCCUGGACUGUGAACCAGGGAUCAUAAAUGCUGAAGAACUUCUAAAAAGUACUCAGUACAAUGCUGAAAGAGGUCUGGAAGCGGAUCAAUUCCCUUGUGAUACUAAUGUUGAAUUUGGCAAUUUUGACACUGAAAACCUAGCAGCUUGUUGUGUAGGUUUUCCUGCUGUUGUGGAAAACAGAGAUUGUAAUUGUUCUAUAAACUGUGUUUCCUCUAGUAGAACGCAGAAGAAAAGUUUGAAGGAAAAUGUCCAGGAAUCUGAACUAUCACAUGUGGCAGUCAUGGCAGGAGGAAGACAAGUAGACAAUCCUUCUAACCUUGACUUCGAUUGGAAAGUCCCAGAAACUGCGUUACCAGGUGGCAGUAACACAGAGGCGGAGCACAGAGAUUCAGUGCAUCAAAAUACAAAUUGCAAAACUGGUGCCUUAAGGAGUCAGUCUGAACCAGUAGCAAAUGAACAUCCUAUUCAUCAAGGAAAGGAUGAGGACAGUUUCUUUGCUGUGGAAAUGACUCCCAAAUCAGAUCAUGUAAGCCAGGGAAGGCACUUAAUGAAACUUCCAGAGCUAAAGCCUGCCCUGGUUAUAAUAUCUGUGGAACAGAAAGGAUUACAGUCCAAGACACUGACUGAUGACCUUCAUACUGAAAGGGUAACCGGAACACUGAGAAACACAGUGAGCAAGGACUCAGUGUCUCCUCAUACUUCCAGCAAAGAUCAUGAUGAGCCAGAGGGAGUUCUGAGUGAGUGCUGUAACUGUGAAGAACAAAUUUUGGCCACCCGCACCUUUGUUGGUAGUGUAGAGCUACUCCCUGUUGGGGAUACGGCUGAAGGAAAAGCAGAAAUUUCACAAGAGCAAAGCAAGAAAACAGAUUCAUCCUUAGUGCUCACCUGUAGCAAUUCCACAGUAACAAGUAAGAAGGUAGAAUUCAGCAGUGUUACUGCCCCAUGGGGCAAUGAUGUACUUACUGCAGAAAACACAGCAGAUAAAUGUGAAGAAGUGCUUUCAAAAUCACACAGUAGAUGUGGUAUCUUUGAGACUGAGGCACACAGAACAAAGACUGAUUUUGCUUUAGAGACAGAAGAGUUCAGAAAGCCAUGGGCUGAAACAAAAAAUGACCAAGUCACUAAGGAAGAGGAAUUCAAAGCACAUCAGAGCAGAGAGGAAGAAGGUGAUAUAACUAGAGGAGUAGCAGUGGAAACGUGCAGCAUAAGCAAUCUGUGUCAGGGAGAUGGUGCUGCUGAUGAUCUUCAAGGACCCAGCAUCAUCACCUCUGAGCAAGUAGUAGGCAGGGAAGGAACUGUAGGCUGUAAUGGUUCAAAGGAACAAAUAGGUAUUUGUGAAGAACCUUCUCCUAGGGAAGAAAAUGAGGCCUCUCCUGCAGAAAACACAGCUACCUCUAGCAAAAACAGUGCAUUGACUCUUGAUGUGUGUGAUGUCUUUAACUAUUCUGUGAAAAGAGAGACCCACAAUGCUUGUGCAGUUGGCCUAGAUAAUAUAAGUACCUGCAGCACUAACAGCGAGGAAAUGGAUGAGAACUCAUUCCACGGCCUGGGAAGUAACAGCAGUCUCCAUAAAGCUGUGCAAAAGCCAACAAAGAAUGGGAAUAGUGGGAAAGCUUCCAGGUUUUUGGUUUUCUCAAAAAUGACAUCUUUCAGGAAAACUAAGCCUGCCACAGCAGAAAAUCAUGGAAGCAGUAGCUUCUUUGGCAGCAAGGCAAAGACAGAAGAAAUGGAUGUUGGGAAAGAAGAUGAAGACACUGAAAGUUUACAGUCUUUCAAAAGUUGUUCAUCUGGUUCUGCCUUCCACAGGAAGGAAAGCUAUGCCUCUGAGUAUUCCGAUGAUGAUGAUUUAUUCUAUGAGAGACCUGCAGGAUUAUUUAAUAGAAUGAGCCUGAGGAAGGCUUCUGGCUCUGGUCGGAUACUGAUGGAAGAUACAGAUGCAAAUUCAACUUCUCUCACACUGGCUGCUGUCAGAUAUGCAGACGGACUAGUUUCAGGUUCAUCUGAAAACAAUGACAGUGAAGCGGUGGAAUACCCUGGGAUUAGAAAAUCCUUCCCUGAAAAUGAAUACAAAAGAAACAAAAAUCCUGAGGGCAAGAAGUUCAGGGCAAGAUUGGCCUUGGCACACAAAUCACUCUCAAGCUUAUUUGAAUCCAAGUCUCUAGAAAAAGAAAACACUGAGCAAAGUUCUAAAGUAUCACUGAAAAAUGAAAAGGAGAAAGCCAAACUUCGCCAGAGCACCUGGAAAGCUUUUCUAAAAAGCAAGGAAGCAGAUGGACUAAAAAGGCCUGUCCUGGCAAAUUUAUCACCAACGCAGGAGAGCGUUAACACAACUAGAGGCCAACUGAUGAGAACAACAUCAGUAGAGCAGCAGGACAGUUCCAAUGGGCACACAUUUUUGAAAACAGAAACAUCUAAUGGUUCGUCAACAGACACCAACUAUUUUGACACCUCUGUGGAGCCUGUUGAUAUUUCUUCACCUGCAGGUACGUGGAGAAAACGAACACAGUCACAUGACUUGGGCAUCAGAUGCUCACAAAGUUCAGACUGUGAUGAACACCAGGAUGGCAACAAUUUAAAUACCUCUCUAGAGGAAUACUGGAUGAAAUCUCCAUUUAGUCCCACUGACAUGCAGUUACCAUUUAGUCAGUCAAGUCCGUCAUGUCCCCAGCUCUCAAAUUCUGAAGGUAAAGAUAUGCCCUGUAGGCCCAUGAGCCCCAAACCACAGAGUCCACGAUCUGCUUCUCAACGCAAGAGCUUCCGAUACCCCGGAAGAAUAUGUGCCACAUCAAUGAUCUCUCUUGGGAACAGCUCUGCAGCUGACAGCAGUUUGGAGGCUCCUGAGAGACCAAAGACACUGAAACCCAGAGGUAGUCUCUUACUUUCUGUACACUCAUUGGACAACGAAUACCAGAAGGAUGACAGUGGGAUAAGCAGUCAAUCCCAGAUCAGCUUAAACACAGCUUCUUCUAUUAGUGACAUUCUCAGAGAUGAGGAGUCCAAACAGCAAUGUCAAACACCACCUGAAAAGAGUCCAAAUGAGAAAGGGGUUCCCCAUCGCAAAAGGAGGCCUCUCCUGGUUCCACCAUCCCCACGCCCUAUCUCCACCCUUGAGAACAAAGCCUGGAGGCUUUCCUUCCUUGCUCCAGAUGAAAAAGACAAGGAGAUUCCAGAAAGGAGGAGGAGGAGGAAGAGACCUAAAUCCCUUUAUAAGUGCUUCAGCUUCGAUGAUGUUUGGAUGGAGAGGAACCAAAAAAGGAAUCUAGAGAAAGAGAGACAGCCAGAGAGAGGGAUUCAAUUGCAACACCUACCAGAGGACCAGUUAAAAUUGCAGGCUGGAAUGAGUGCAUCCAUCACAUCUGCUGGUGCUCUUGACAUCCUACCACUGAAACUGCAUCCAUUUUCCCAGAGCACUCCAACAGGCUUGGACUGCGUGGGCUGGAAACGGCGCAUCUCUGCUCCUGUGAUUGCUGAUGGGGCACUGGAUAAGACAGCUCUGACGGACGAUGUGGGAAGUGAGGAGGACCUGUACGAGGACUUCCGGAGCUCCAACCACCGCUAUGGCCAUGCUGGGGGAGGCGGAGAGCAGCUUGCCAUCAAUGAGCUCAUCAGCGAUGGCAGUGUGGUGUAUGCAGAAGCCCUCUGGGACCAUGUCACGAUGGAUGAUCAAGAGCUGGGAUUCAAGGCUGGUGAUGUCAUUGAAGUAAUGGAUGCUACCAACAAGGAAUGGUGGUGGGGAAGGAUUCUGGACAGCGAAGGCUGGUUUCCAGCCAGCUUUGUACGGCUCCGAGUGAACCAGGAUGAACCCAUGGAAGAUUACCCUGUAAAGGUAGAGGGUGGCAAAGAAGACGACUCCAGCAGUGGUACCCGCCGCUUCGGGAUGGGGCAGACCACCAAAGAUCAAAUGAGGACCAACGUUAUCAAUGAGAUCUUAAGCACAGAGAGAGACUACAUCAAGCAUCUGAAGGACAUUUGUGAGGGUUACAUUAAACAGUGCCGCAAAAGAGCUGACAUGUUUACAGAGGAACAGCUGAAGACAAUCUUUGGGAAUAUUGAAGACAUCUACAGAUGCCAGAAGAAAUUUGUUAAAGCACUGGAGAAGAAAUUCAACAAAGACCACCCACAUUUAAGUGAGGUUGGCUCCUGCUUCUUGGAAUAUCAAACAGAGUUUCAGAUCUACUCUGAAUACUGCAACAACCACCCUAACGCCUGCAUGGAGCUGUCCCGCCUCACCAAAGUUAACAAGUACGUCUACUUCUUUGAAGCCUGCCGCCUGCUACAGAAGAUGAUUGACAUCUCUCUGGAUGGGUUUCUGCUGACGCCAGUGCAGAAAAUCUGCAAAUAUCCACUGCAACUGGCUGAACUGCUCAAAUACACCAACCCUCAACACAGGGAUUAUAAAGACGUCGAAGCUGCCUUAAAUGCCAUGAAGAACGUUGCUCAGCUCAUCAAUGAGAGAAAGCGGCGGCUAGAGAACAUUGACAAAAUUGCUCAGUGGCAAAGUUCCAUAGAAGACUGGGAGGGUGAAGAUGUGCUAGUCAAAAGCUCAGAACUCAUCUAUUCUGGGGAACUAGCCAAAAUCUCCCAUCCUCAAGCCAAGAGCCAACAGAGGAUGUUCUUCCUCUUCGAUCACCAGCUUGUCUGCUGCAAGAAGGACCUUCUGCGUCGGGACAUCUUGUACUAUAAAAGUCGGAUCAACAUGGAUGAUAUGGAAAUCCUGGAUGUAGAAGAUGGAAAGGACAAGGACUUCAGUAUCAGUGUGAAAAAUGCAUUUAAAUUACACUGCCGCAACACUGAGGAAGUCCACUUAUUUUGUGCAAAAAAGCCCGAGCAGAAACAGCGCUGGCUGAAGGCCUUUGAGAAUGAAAGGAGACAGGUUCAGCUCGACCAGGAAACAGGUUUUUCAAUAACGGAGGUGCAGAAAAAGCAAGCAAUGCUGAAUGCCAGCAAGCAGCACCACACCGGGAAGCCUAAAGCUGUCACCAGGCCAUACUACGACUUCCUGAUGCGUCAGAAGCAUCCCACCUUGCCUACUACACUCCCUCAGCAGCAAGUCUUCAUGCUGGCAGAGCCCAAGCGCAAGCCCUCGAACUUCUGGCAGAACAUCAGCAGGCUGACACCCUUCCGGAAAUAAGGACAGCCCCAUGUUUGUGCCUGAACCCCUUCUGAGAAAGCACUUUAUCCAUCAGUCCUAGGAGGUGGAGCCCAGGUUCUUCCAAUCCUUUGUUUACAGAGGAUGGCACAUGUGCUCCUGCCUUCUCUAUUUAUUUUGCAGACCAACUGACCUGGCUCCGAGGUGAGACACUGCGUGUGUGCUUGCACACGUGCAUUUGUGCAUCGAGCCAGCCUUGCACAGCACCCGCGACAAACUUCCAGGAAGAGAUCACAGAAUGGAACCUGAUGUGUUUCAUCUGGAAAGAUUUUGCCUGUCAGCUGUACACUGCAUCACUCCUUUCUGCUGUGAACACUACUGCUGCCUGGCAGCGGUCAGAGAGGGGAUGGCAGCUGUUAAACCUACUGGCUCCUCGUCCACUGACAUGCUCAGAACAACAGCUCAGUGUCGCUGACAUACAUUUUCCAGGGAAGAAAAAUCCCUUCCAUUCUCUGCCCAUUCCCCAUUCCCCACCUUUCUGAUCAAGGACAUGAUCUUCCUACACACUUCUAAUUCAGUUAGCCUUUGCUGGCACUCAGACAAGACAACAGUGAGUAUUACACUGUGACCCUUUUCUCUUUCCUUUAAUUCAACAACACUGAUGAACAACAUAGUUCAUUAAAUGGUGCCAAUCAACCUGCAGCAUGAGUAAAGGUCAAGAAUCUCUCUAGAGGGUUUGUUAUUAUAAGUUAGAGAAAAAUGUGCCUAAAUUAAUACCAUCAAUUCCUUAGACUAUCUUUUAUCAUUCUGCCAUAUUUCCUGGCCAAUGAAAAUGCUCACUGUUUGUAAUGUGUUUAUUUAUGGUAUAAACCAGAACUGUGUAUUUUGUAAGUCUGUAAUUGUUCUUGUCAGAUGUUGUUAACUUUAUGCCUGUUUUGUCUGUUUUUAUUUUUUAAAUAACAAAAGGUCAAUAUUUGCAAACCUAGCUCCCAGAAGUCAGUCUGCAGUUUGACACUGACAAACUAAAACCACGAUAGUUAUGCAAACUUCUACAGACCCUCAAUUCAAGGGGUAUUAUUACAGGGUUUUGACACCUUCAAAAAACAAAGCAAAAUCAAACCCAAGGCUAAUUGCAAAAGGCCAAGACUUAGCACUAAAAGCCUCACUUUAGGUACCCAGUUUUCAAACUGUGGCCAAGAAAAAAUAAAUUUAAACCUUGGUUAGCAAAAGGAAAGAUUUGCCUUACCAUAGUGAGAGUUAGAAGCCAUACUGACUGAAUUUCUUAGCUUAGGAGACAUUGGAAGGAAGACACCCCCAUGUUCCAACACGAUGCUAUUUGAGCGAGCACUAACUGCCUGCAGAGCUCAGAAGUCCAGUGUUUGUUAAUGCUGUAGCUGACCAAAGUCUGGUCAUCCAGGGAUAUCUGCAUUCAGUAGCAUGUACAAAGUCAUUCUUGCACUAUAUCUUCUCCCCAGACCAGGGGCUAUAUAAUUUCAUAAAGAAACUUGUAAAAGUAAAGCUCAGCCUGUGUUUGUGUCUGACAUGUCUUAUCUGUGUAAACUUGUUUCUCUUCAAAAUAAUUGUGGAGAUUUUCCUCUUGCAACUUAACAAGUGACUGCUAAUCAGUGGAGAAGCACUUGCAGGCUUCCCUCAGUGAAGCCAUCUUUUGGAUGGCAGGCUGGUGGAAGUGAGAUACAGCACCAGAGAGGUACUGGUCACUCAAAACACUGCUCAAGGUGAGCAAGUCAUUGGCUGCACCAGCAGCUGAGUCCCAACUGCCUGCUAGUUACUUAAAGGGAAAAAAGUCAAGCAAACAUGAAAAAAGCUGCAGGGGGUGCUGAAGCCUCCUCUGAGCAACAGGGAAUUAAAGAGGAACAGCAAGAUCAGUGAAUUAAGAAACAGUCCUGAGAGAAACCAGCAAUUUCUCCUGGACCUGGCACAGCCUGUGCCACACCUGCCACUGUUCCUGGGAAAACGCACAGCCCAUGCUCCUAGCCAAGGCAGAGCCCAAUGUGUCAUCACCACUCAAUACAGUCCUCUAGAGAAUGGCAACAGGAACCCCAAAUUGUCAAAAAAAAUUAUCUCUGGUGGCAUGCAGCAGUCAGGAAACCAAGCCACUGGGACGCUUGCAGGAAUGGCCUUUGAACACUGAACAACCAGGCACACAUCACUAAAACAUGGAAGGGAAACAAAAAUCAGCUCGCUAUUAUGUGCUGCAGCUGCAUUACCAGCCUCGCAGUGCUCUUCCCACAGCAAUGCCUCUAGCUCGUUGAACCCAUGCAGCCCACGAGCCCUGGCUGGGCUUCUCCAGCAGCAGCAGCCAACAGGACCGGCUGCCAGCUGCACUGUGCCACCUGAGAUAAGCAGCAGAAGUUUUGUUCACUUGAGGGGAAGAGGCAUCAAGACCUCAAUGGGGGAAAAAAUCAAAACCAAAAAAAACCAAUUCUGUCAGAAAGCACUAAGGUAAGGCCCCCCCCCCUCCCCCACUGCUUCAUCUUGCCCAUCAGCAUAAUUUACAGCACCAUGUCCUAGCCAUACACAGUCUGACUGCUUUGCGUGCCUCAAGCAGUGCACUGUUUGGGCCCUCCACCUCCUACACCCAAUCUAAACACUAGUUCAGGUGCCAGCUGGCCACAGCUCACCCGCUGAUAAACGCUGUAGGCUCCAGGCAUGAAGACCAGCCUCCAGCACUGCCCCUCUGGUAGCUCAGAAGCACUACCGAGCUGACCCCCCACACCCCCGGCCCUCAGGGAUGUCACCUGCACACCCCAGACCCAGUGUUAGCACAGCACCAGCUCACAGUUACCCGCCAGCAGCCUAAGCCUUUGCACAGGCACGCUUCCUUUUUGGGGGGCAGGCACCCAUCACUCCCUGACUCACCAGCGUAAGCUUUAUUCCCCAGAAGUGCUGAGCAGAGCAAUACACCAUUCAGAUUUCACAUCAUCCUGCAUACUAAAUGAUUACCCUUGCUGCAUUGCAACAACCAGAACAGAGUCAGCCUUACAGAAAGCAUCAGUAACAGAAAGCAAUCAUUUUGUUUGUGUUUACCCUAAGUGUGUGCACCCCUCCUUUCAUUAUCCAUGUGUCUGUUUUGAUUGGCCAGGAAGAGAAAGUGUUGACACAGAAGGGAUCAAUUCUCUGAGCCUAUGAGCACUGUAGUAUGGGGGGGGGAUGCUGCAUUGACCUAGACUAACCCAGGCCAGAAGAGGUGUUGGGAUUUUACUUAUCACAAGUCCCCCCCCAACAACAUACAUGUGUGCACACACCCUCAGAAUAAGACUUACUGUGAAGCUGCAUCAGGUCACGCGCAGUCUUGUCACGCUGCUAUCUGACUGUGUUCCAAGGAUGGUGAUUCCCCAAAAACUGUGUCCCUGUCCAGCACGUCACCAUCCACAGUCUGCAAAAGGUUAUCACACCUCUUUGAAGUUCUCUUGUUGCAACUUCCGAUCUGUUUUUAAUUUGUAUUUUGCUUUAUAUAGACACUCAGCUUUAAGUCUACACUGAAGUUACUCCAGUACAAAUCCUGAUCUAUUCUACUCAAUGAAAGUGGGAUGAGACUGGCACAGAAACCAGUACCCUGAUUUUCUGCAGCUUUUUGUUGCAAUUAAAAAAAAUUUAAAAAACCCCUCCCCACAGUGAACAUACAUAAGAGCUGACUACUAUUAUCUCUGUAUCAGUACGCUGAACUGUAAAUCUGCAUUGAGUUAAGUUAGCAGGUUACUUACCAUCUCUUCCAGAAGUUAUUUCAUAUAUGAUUAAUUCACACAAAUGAUUUAUAUUGAGAAACUUUAUAGAAAUUUUUGUUAAGUGCCAAAACAGACUUCUCUGGCCAAACAGUAUCCCAAUAGAAGAAAAGCUCUUUACUUCUGGUAGAGGAAAACGCGUCCUCUACUUGACUGUUCAUCAGUAAAUAUUCUUAUUAAGUGUCUUCGGAUGGGAUCCUAGCCUUGUAAGAAACACUUGGAGCUAGGAUCUGAUUCCCUAUGCAAGACUGAAAUCAGGUAUAAAAGUUGAUUGCACUGAAAGAGUGGAAACCUUGUAACAUAGCAGGUGGAGUUACAGCAUUACUAAACAGGUAAGAAUCAAACUCAGUUUGCUCAAUGUAACCACACACCCACAUCAAGGUAACAGAGUGUACAUCUGAACAAGAUUUCAUCAAGAAAUGACAUCCUUUAAUUUCUACCCAGCACCACUUCCUGCCUCAGAAACCACAAAACCCAACCAACCCCUGUAUCAGAUCGUGCACGUAUGACCUCCACUGAUUUUUAAGUGAUUAGGCACUCAGAAAUCAUCUCCUCUCCUAAAUAAAGAAAUGGUAAAAUGUACAUAUGCUAUAAAGUGGUAACAGACUAACCAGCACUAUUUCCCUCCUUUACAUCUUUCAUCUGGAUUUUAAACGGCAUUAUUCAGCAUUUGUACUGUUAGUUAAAAUUAUCAGGGAGAAUGUGUAUGUAGGAUAGAAAGCCUGUAUGUGUGCACAUUAAAUGAUGACCUUGUGGGUCUUCCUAAACUCAUCAUAAGGGUUUUUCUGGCAUAUGAGCAACAGGUCAAGUGCAACUUUCGUCAAGCUUUCAGAGCUUACCAGACAGAACAAUCUCAGACGCACAAGAGAAGUCCAUGUAAAGCACAACGAAGCAGAGACACAAAACUUCAUUACCCACCUCUCCUCCUCUCAAAAGUGAGCCUUCUACCUGACCAGAAGUAAGGAUUUUCAUGAAAAGAACAAACAAAAUCAAACAAACAAAAAGCUAACACCACUUAAAGCGCCUACUGUGAGUUUGCACAGCAACCACUCAAUUCAUGACUUCAGGGUAGAACCUAACUGCUAAAAAAAUACUUCUGCAUUUAGGUACAAGAAGAGGACAAGAUCUGAUCCAAGUGUGGUUUCGUGUUUUCAUUUGUUUCUGGCAGUCUGCCCCCUCCCCUCCUGUAGCUAUGUGUUUAGAAAAUUCUUGUGAAAAACAGCCACAUUUCCUAUUGAGUAAAAUCUGCCUAGAUUUCACUCAGACAAGACACAGACUUUUGUGAACCAGUCACAAGAAUGAUUUGCUGAAAUUAUCAAUCAAAGAGAACCAGUGGCUGCUAAAUAAUCUAACUUUUGCUCUGGGAAAAGAAAAAAAAGUAAUCUCUAUAUUAUUACUCUGGAAUAACCGAGUCAGAAAACGUGGAUGGAUACACUGGAAAAUUGCUUAUGCUUCAAGUCUUGAUAGCAUCGAGACCAGUAUAAGCCAUCUUUGAACCUAAUCUAAAUAUUGAAAAGAUCAGUGCCCAGAGCUAAAUAUUCCCGUGAAGAAACCUUUAAGAUCUUCCCCAUUUAACCCUUUACCUGAAGAGCUGUGGGGUGCAGGUUGCUGAAGAGUCCUGCUUGUGUUUGGCCUCAUCCAUCACCUCACCACAGGUAAUUCCAGCUGCCCAGGAUACUGCUCUGUGAAGCCAGCACUUCACAGCCUGCCACCCAGAAGCUUACAAUGCAGAAACCGCCUGCAGCUGGGUGUCUGAACAGCUUCCUGCAAAUAUCCACCAGCCAGGCUUCCACAUCAUUAAAUCAGAACAACUGAGAAUUGAAGCAUUUACGAGUAACAGAUAUCCCAAAGGAAUCCUGGCUUCAGACUGAAACCGCCACAUUUCUUAGGAUGCCAGAAUGACAGAAAUUAGCUUUUCUUAAUGAAAAGGUCUUUCAUAUUUUGCAAUAUAAAUCAAAAUAUCAGGCUGUGCUCCUCCAGAUUUACUGUAGCAGAAGAAUAUCUUUGUGUAGCAGCAGAAUCAAUUAUAUCCACACAGCAGUGAUUUUUAAAUUAUCAGUGUUUUGAAAAAGUAUCAUACCACUUGCUACACAGACUGCUUAAGAACUUUGUCAGGAUCUGAGACAUGGUACAGCUUCCAGCAAGUCCUCAUUUCUCAUUUUAUUGCUAUUACUGAAACGGUCUUCAAGUUUAGCCAUCUGCCUGCUAACGAGGGGUAUGGCACUUGCUGUUACCACAGCAAAUACGGUACUGCGGUAACUCCAAAAGCCUGAGGACUGGAGCUACCCAGACUUCAUUCAGCUGCUGGAGCCUCAGCCUGCACCUGUGGCUACUCAAGUUUUCUGCUCAAGCUAACAGGACCUGCUGCUGCUAUUGAUGAGUGGCAGCACCACAUCAGUUUGGUAAGAGCUCCACUACAAUGUCCUGUACAGCAGCCUACCAGUAGAAAAUCCCUGCCCCCAGAGCUCCCAGCCUAAGCAAAGCUGUAGGAUCAGGUCUUCAGGUAAGUAAAGGGUUAAAAAAAGUAAAAACUCUGGUAAUGGACAGAAGUAAACUGAACAAAAUUGAAGUGUUUCCAGCUCAUUUGAAGCUACUGAAGGUGUAGUUUUGUUCAUUUACUUUGACAGUGCAGAGGAGGGAAUUAAUCUACGAAGCAGUGGAGACAAAUCAAUGCAGCUCAUUUCAGAACUACACUAGUGCAAAAAGACACUCAAAUAGGACACAGCAGCAGCAUCUUUCUGCUCAGUGAUGCACGGAGAUCAGGGUGGGGUAGGAGGAUGGCCCCCUGUGUGCUCAAGAACAGCAGCAACCUGGAUUGCUUUCAUAGUCACAGCUGCGUAUUUCAGGCUCAUAAGAGGCCAAAGCACUGUCCUUCUGGACCAUGCAGCAAUCGCCGCUUGCCCUGCCUUGGGAUUAACACCUCACACCACGUUUCAUUUCUCACCAUGUCUCCCAUCGUUCCUUAACAGACUACAUUAUUAAAUCCCAUGGCUUUGGCAAUGCUGGUGGUUAACAGUGAAACUGUAGGCUGUUUGUUCUUACUGCGUACCUUUGUCAUUUUCCUCCCUGCAACUACUCCACUCUUCUCUGCAUAGUGAGCUUCUCUUUUGCACAACUUUGCUACCAAAGCAGCUCCCUGUUUUACAGCCCGUGCAAAUGAAAUACCUGUGAUAUGUAACCCAGACUUGUAUACCUUUGUGUGUGACUGUUUACAUAUACAUUUGUGAGAUGGGAAAUAAACGAGCUAUCAACUUUA